UGUAACUAAAACUUCUUCCUCUCCCUUUCUAUUUAUACUUAAAUCCUUCAGAAUUCAAUUCUAAACGCUCAGAAAACCUCCAAUUCCCCCUCAGAUGCCUCCCAGAUCCUAAAUAUACCAUCACCUAAUUCUUUCAAACAUCCCACCACAACUACUCCCACUACAGCCAAGAAGCCAGCUAAGCUACGAAAAAGCAAAAACCUCACGUAAGAAAGCACUUGGAUUACCCAUAGUGUUGAACUAGAAGCCAAUGAGAUUAAAAGACUUUCUAAAUUGAUUGAAAUUGAUGUUAUUAGUAAGAUAGGAGCAACGAAGAAGAUGGAAAGAGUAAGAGAUAAGUGGGAAAAUAAGAAGAAAGAGGAAGAAUUAGAAAAAUUGAGGAAGAAAGAAAUUGAAAUGAAGAAAAAUUAUUUUGAAUAUCUAAAAUACUGAGAAGAGAACAAAAAUAACACCAAAAAUAACCCACCCCUCGAAUCCCAAGAUCCAACCCAAAAAUCCCAAAUAGACCUCGACAAAAUAAUCAACCAAGCCAGCAUAAUCCCCAAAGCAAACGCUAACAUGAAAUUCUUCCAAAACACUAAAAUAAAAACCUACAUGACUCAACUAGACCAAAAAUACGAUUUUCAAAAAAUGCCUUUGAUCUACUCCCAAAAUUCAAAAAAACCAAAAAGAAACCCUAAGCGCAAAUGUUUGAACUUGAACCCCCUCCCCAGAGCCCACCCCACAGCCUCUUCACGCUCCAAAACUCGCUACAACCCACACUUAUCCAUCAACCCCUCAUCACCCAACCCACCCUCUUUCACCCCUACCCAAUCCUUCUCAACCCCCAACUCCCCUCACCUCCUCUCCAAAUUCCAAAACCCUUCAGCAAGAACUAGUCUCCAGCCAUGCAUCCAAAACCCCCACUUACACUCACAGCUUGACCACGACCACGGCCACAAUCAAGAAGAAGAAUUGAACGUAGACCUGACUGAGCUAGAAAGAACAAGACAUAUUUUAGAGAAAGCGGAUUGAUUGAGAUCUCAGAAAGUGAAAACUAAGUUGUUGAGGAAGAAGUUUAAGAGAUAUAGUAGGAAGAUUAAUUUGAUGAAUUGUAAAAUGAGGAGACUUGUUAAAAAUGCUGAGGAAGCUCAUAUCAAAGAACUCGGUCUUCCUUAUAUUCCUAUCAAAGCAACAAAGAACAGCAAAUGUUAGCAUAACAAAAUUGUUU